GUAGCGGCCACAUUCGCUGAACCUGCUGCAGUUGCAGGAAUCACCUUCGAGGAACGACUGGCGACGAGUUUCACCCUACAUAUUACGACACUACGUGAUUAAAGUGCUUAUUUCUAAGAAAUUACUUGACCCCAAAUUAGAGAAACCUUACCGUUGAGGAAAACAUUCCUCAGGAAUAAUCAUAACAUCCUCUUCUUCUUCAGACGACGACGACGACGACGACAUUUUCCUGGAAUUUUAGUACAAAACCACCCGAAUUCAACUCAAUUAGCGAACCACAUUUUAAUACAAGUUAUAAUUUCUGAGAAAUAAAUAAAACGCACCGUAUCAAUCGAUAACUUCUUAUUUUUUGAUGUUUGAGUGAUGGGACGAGUUGUUGACGUUUUGAUGUGGUUUCGAGAAGGAUGAACCACGCACACACAACACCCAAGUCCUCUCCAUUCAUCAAAUGUCUCAAAUUCCCCUCAACCGCCAAAUUCAAACACAUCAACAACAAGUUCUAGAGAUUUCGCUGUUGUGUUUCUGAUCUUUCUGAAAACAAUUAAAUUUCUCAUUGAAAAUGGCUGCGGCACUUAUAGGAGGCGUUGCUUUCGAAGAUUACUCAAAAUUGAUUAACUUUUGGUUGGGUCCCUUCCCUCGUCCUUUUUUGCGUCCUGGACUCUUCACAUCUCUUAGAGAUUUUCUUGUGAACGUGGGAAUGAAGGUGGAGGAAAAGAAUGCGAUUCGGGCGAUUUUCCAAUCCGCAGCAAAGGCCGGAUCCGCCCAUGUUCCUCUCGCUUUUGCAACAGUGGAUGAUUUUCCUGAAGAGAUUUAUAAAUCAAUUGUAGCAUGGAUGAAAGGGCAGGAGGAGGAGGCAAGGGCUGGUUUUUUUCGCCAACUUUUUUUGGACCUUCGGGUAACGGAGAAAGAGGUGGACGCGUUCCGUAAUCGGAUCACGCAGGCCGACCAAAAACUGCGACCCUUGGUCAAGGUCCUCAAGAACGGGGGACGAAAUCUCCGGAAGGGUCUAUUGACCACGGCACAGGCAGUGCAAUUCAUUGGGAAAUUGCCGGACUGGUCGAAGGACAAGCCUUUUUUUUAAAUUUGCACUGAAAUACAUGCAGGAUCAUAAUCUCUCAGAGAUGGACACGGACCUACUUCGACAAAGUUUUGAAGAGCUUCAAACCCUUCCUGGACCUUUAUGCCCUUCUUCGUAUUGACCAUGCCCAACAUAACAUUAUUUACAAUUUUACCCGAAAUCGUAUAAAUAAAAACCAUCAAUUCUAUUUAAUGACUA